CCGGAAACGUUUGAUGGUGAUCGGAAAACUUUUUUCCAACUUGUUGCUCUCGCAGUCAGUAGUCUAGUUUGUCUGAAACCUGGUCCGAUUCUGUGGAAGCGUGACUCCUCCGUCGUUCGACCUAGUUCCUAUGGAAAUGGAGCUUUUUGAAGACUGGUUGAAUGGUGGUGUGGAUUGGCCCCAUCCAGGUCGAAACCUUUUGCUUUUAUCAUCGCACAUGGACCAAUACGGACGAGGUCUGGUCAGCCGAACUUCCAUUUCGCCAGGCGACUGUUGUUUGGCAAUACCAAGCAAUGAUUUCAAGGUUGUCCUCACCCCAUUUCGUUGUGCUAACAUGAUGAACUUUUGUGGCUGUUUUCGACAGCUACAGAUUUCAAUCUCACUAAAUCCCUUCGAUGUACUGGUACUCUUCAUUCAUCAUCUUAUCAGACCUUGGCUUCCGAACUGUCCUCUAGCAUCUAUCUGGAAACCAUACGUUUCUUUACUUCCAUCUCACUACACUGAUCCUACUUUUGUCCCGACUUCUAACGCCUGCCGAGGUAUUUCUGCUGAACCCUUCUCGUUUCGGUCGCAGGAUAUACAAAUCUCGAUACAAAAGUCUUUAGAGCGUUUUCAAUCCACGUAUGAUGCUUGCGGUCCGUUGUUGUCCGCCUCGGCCUCAUCACUGUCGAACACGGCCCCAGCCACUGUCGAAUUCGCAUGGGCUUGGUCGACGGUCAACUCGCGUUGUGUUUAUUGUCAACUACACGAAACCUGCUCCCCUCCCAUAUCCACUUUCAUCAGUUCAAUGGCGACGUUUCUUCAAGUUCCCGUGGAGCAGUACUGUGAGCGAAUAAAGCUUAUUCCGGAUAGAUAUUCCGACACUGCUUUGAUCCCAUUUUUUGACUUUCUGAAUCACUGUCCACUUGUGGAUAGCAAACUUGAAGUAGACCGAAAGGGAGAGGCUAUCCAACUGUUUGUACAGCAGUCUUUCGGCACUGGGGAACAGGUGCUGAUUAACUACGGACCCCACGACAAUCUUACCUUGUUCAUCGAAUACGGCUUCAGUCUUCUUCCGUAUGAAAAUCCGCAUAAUGCGGUGUACCCGAGCAACAUUGACUUGCUUCAGUUCUUUACGUCAGAGUAUUACCAUAGCGUUGCGCAGCCAACAUCGACUUCUACAAUCAAAUGGGAGCCACAACUCUGCUUGAUUUUACAUGACGUAUUGGAACAGCUAGGUCUUCCUCAGGCUUCUUUGUCUACCAGCCCCGUUACAUGGCCCAGCCUUUGCUUCUCGUUUGAGGGCGCGUCCUUUCAUUUGUCUCUCCUAUCAUAUUGUGUUCAUCACGCUGUGCUUUCUGGGUGCAGAUAUUCGGAGCUUCCAUCUUCCCUGAGUGCUAGUCAUUCCAUUUUUAGCCUACCUGAGCAAGAAGUAUCAUCUGUCGUACAAAAGCCUCUGAACAAUCUAGCCAAGCAGUUACUUCGUGACACAACUUUGGAUGAACAGCAGCUUCAAUCUCUGGUUUUAAAGAUCGAUUCUUCCAGAGAGAUGGUUAUUCUUCGUCAGUGUUAUGAUGAGUUUAAGAAAGUCCUAUUGUCUAGACGGUCUGUUCUGGAAAAUUUCAUCACGUGACUUUCCUCUCGUGUUGUUUGAAAUAACUAUGGUAUUGAAAUCCGCAU